AGGUGAUAGUGAAACUAUUACAGAUUUAUGUCAUGAGUAAAAUUGCGGCCCAGAAAGAGAAAGGUGAAAAGUUCAGUUAAUUACAUCAGCGAUACAAAGAAAACACUACGAUGGGCUCUCUGUUACUACAACUACUUCUGCAGUGAUAUAUACGAAUAUGGAUGGAAACUUAUUAUCCCUGCCGUUAACCAUAUCUUAAAGCCCAUCAUGUGGUAUUAAUUUCAACACAUUACCUUUUUGCUAGCAGCAAUAAAGGCCUAUUUUUUACCCUAUCCAUGCUCACAUCUCUUUAGAGAAAGGGCACCUAACCAAAAUUCCAUCAGUCCUUUAAGUUGAUUACCCAGCAGACGAGAUCAAUUCAGAAGAUCAGUUCUUGAGUCACCAGCUCUGAUCUAAAACCUGUAUGCUCUACUUUCUGUAAUGACGCCCUAUUUUCUCAUACUCCUCUUCUCUUUCACUUUUUUAUCAAUCCCAGCCUCAUCCCAGAUGGAUGAAUUUACCUAUACUGGAUUUGGUGACCCCAAAACCAACAUAAGUUUGAAUGGGGUUGCCCUGAUUGGUAAGAAUGGGAUUCUUCGGUUAACCAACGAGACGAGCAGGCUAAUAGGACAUGCGUUUUAUCCUUCACCAAUUCGGUUGAAGAACUCUACCACCGGCACUGUCUUCUCUUUCUCAACCUGUUUCGUGUUCUCCAUUCAUCCAGAGUACCCGAAACUCGGCGGCCAUGGCCUAGCAUUCACGAUUGCACCUUCCAAAGAACUAAAAUCAGCUCUACCCAGCCAGUACCUCGGCCUGCUCAAUUCCAGCGAUGUUGGAAACUUCUCCAACCACCUAUUCGCAGUCGAAUUUGAUACUGUUCAAGAUUUUGAGUUUGGAGACAUUAAUGAUAACCAUGUUGGCAUCGAUAUCAACGGCCUGGAGUCCAAUCAGUCUGCUGCAGCAGCGUAUUUCAGCGAUGAUUCGGUUAAAAUGGACCUCAAUCUCAAGGGUGGCAAGCCCAUUGUGGCAUGGAUCGUGUAUGAUUCUGUUACGAAUUUUCUGAAUGUUACACUUUCGCCCUCUCCUUCGAAGCCCAAAACUCCGCUGUUGUCUUUCCAGAUGGAUCUAUCUCCGAUUCUUGAUGAAAGUAUGUAUGUUGGGUUCUCGGCUUCAACAGGUUUGCUUGCAAGUACGCAUUACGUUCUGGGUUGGAGCUUCAAAAUAAAUGGAGAAGCCAAAUCAUUAGAUUUGAAUUCUCUCCCCUUAGUUCCAGGAACGAAAAGGAAACACACCAGCCUAAUAGUAAGCCUCUCAGUUGUGGCAGUUGUUUUCGUUUUAGCUUCAAUCUUGAUUGCUAUUUUGAUGAUAAGGAAAAUCAAGAACGCAGAAGUGAUAGAAUCUUGGGAACUUGACAUUGUCCCGCAUAGAUACAAGUACCAAGAGCUCAAGCAAGCCACCAGAGGUUUUAAGGACAGUGAGCUACUCGGCUUUGGCGGAUUUGGCCGAGUAUACAAAGGGACACUGCCUAAUUCAAAAACCCAAGUUGCUGUCAAGCGUAUUUCACAUGAAUCAAAACAGGGGUUGCGCGAAUUUGUCUCUGAAAUUUCUAGCAUCGGUAGACUUCGCCAUAGAAAUUUAGUCCAGUUAUUGGGAUGGUGCAGGCGCGGAGCUGAUCUUCUUCUCGUUUAUGAUUUUAUGCCUAAUGGAAGCUUAGACAAGUUCUUGUUUGAUGAACCAAACCGUGUAUUGAGUUGGCAACAAAGGUUGAAGAUUAUCAAAGGAGUUGCUUCAGGGCUUUUGUACUUGCACGAAGGAUAUGAACAAAUCGUCAUACAUAGAGAUAUCAAGGCUAGCAAUGUACUGCUGGAUGGUGAAAUGAAUGGUCGACUUGGGGACUUUGGGCUGGCAAAACUAUACGAUCAUGGAUCGAAUCCAGGUACAACUCGGGUGGUGGGCACGCUAGGGUACCUAGCACCGGAACUGCCAAGAACUGGGAGGGCCACAACUUGUUCUGAUGUGUUUGCAUUCGGCACUCUACUGCUUGAAGUAGCAUGCGGCCGUAGACCUAUUGAAUCCAAAGCCCGGCCAGAGGACUUAGUUUUGGUGGAUUACGUGUGGAACAAAUGGAAAGAAGGAAGCAUUCUUGAUGUUGUGGACCAAAAAAUGAAGGGCGAUGUUGAUGAAAAUGAGGUUGUGAUGAUAUUGAAGUUGGGCAUAAUGUGUUCGAGCAACCAACAAUCAGCAAGGCCUAGCAUGAGGCAGGUUGUGAGUUAUUUGGAAGGCGAGGUUGAAAUACCGGAGGUUUUGAGGGCCCCGGGGGCUUGUGGUGAUGAGGAAGGAUUUGAGGAUUAUUUGCAUUCAUAUGCAUCUUCUUCAUUUGAGAAGACAAGUUCAUACACAGUGAUGACUAAUGGGGAUGUGGAUAGAAGUUUUGCAUCCAUUUCUACUUCACCUCUUACACUUCUCCGUAGCGUAGGCGAAGCUAGAUAGUUUGUCACUAUGGCAUCCUCAAAUAUAUGUACAUUUACUGUUUUUUCUUAUGAUUGUAAUGUUAUGAAGAGACUGAUCAU